GAACGGAAGAAGGGCGGUGAAGCAUUUGGUCGAACACGUAGCAUGCCCAUUGGCGACGAUAAGGACGACAGCAUAAAAGACGAAAAUCCUCCUCAAACUCAAACACACCACAGCAUCCCGCCCCCGGAAACCAGCCGUAACCGACUUUCUUCUUCUACAAGCCUCCCCUCCCUCCAAUUUCCCUCAUGGUCAUGGACUCCGCCGCGCCGGAGUCCUCCUCUUCCUCCUCCUCCGCUGCCACCGGCAUGGGGUCCGUCACCGCCGUGAACCCGCUCGACGCCACCCCCGCACCGGAGACCACCGCGUCCGCGCCCCCCAUCGGCCUCUCCUCCUCUUCCGCGCUCGAGUCUACGACAGACGGGUCACUGCUCGCCGGUUUCACCUCCUCCGCGCUCGAGUCUACCGCCUACGUGCCGCUGCCCGGCGCCCCCUCCUCGUCCGCGCUCGAGGCUCCUUCGCGGCGCUGUCCCUCGGCUCCUCUUCCUCCGUGCCGGCUACGGACUCGGUCUCUUCAUCCGCGCUCGUCCCAUCCUCGGGGACGGCUCCGAUCUCUUCCGCUGCGCCGGUGACGGCUCCGACUCCCUCGUCCACGCCCGACUCAUCCUCGACUACGCCUCUGACCUCUGCCUCCGCGUCGGCGACGGCUCCGAGCUCCUCCUCAACGGGGCGCCCGCAACGGGAACCCUUCGGUGCGCCCGCAACGGGCGACCCCGGCAACAUGCCGAACGCCCUCUUACUCCCGGAAAUACCGCCUGGCUCAGCGUUUGGUGAUGUUCUGGACCCCUAUGCCAGAAGUCCCGUGGGCCGUGAACUGCCCUUUUGCGCCUUCGCUGCAGGCUAAGCUCCCUGAUACAUCAAUGACAAUGAGCACAAAUCCGUCGCACAUCAUGGUGGUUCGGCACGCCAAAAAGUAUCAGGACAGUGAAAUUGGACCAAGCCGGCAGGCCAGUGAUGAGGAUGUUGCACUUGGGACAGGGCUCAACGAGGUCACCCAGCACACGGUGCAAACUCUUUUUGAGGACGAGUUGGAGUACAAGAAACAGUAUCCAAGGUUGGACUUGGGGAACAAAGCCGCACUUUGCUUCAGUGAAGUCAAGAUAUCAAAUUGUGGCGGACAUGUUCUCGGACCCAAACCUGGCAAAGAAACCAUACUGAGGGUUGGGAUCAAUGGUUUUGGGCGGAUCGGUAGACUUGUGGCGAGGCUUGUUUUGCAGAACAAGAAUAUGGAACUCAUUGCCGUUAAUGACCCUUUGGUCAGCGCCAGUGACAUGACCAAAGCUCUAGAGGACACGUCUCCUGGUGUAUUCCCCGUCAUCAAAGUUCUUGCUAUUGAUGAUCCUGGGAAAAUACCCUGGGCCAACUCUGGUGUGGACUACGUUGUGGAGAGUACUGGACACUUCACUGACACGGUUACUGCCAGUGCUCACUUGAAGGGCGGCGCCAAGAAGGUUGUCAUCUGUGCUCUGAGCAAAGAGGCCCCCUCAUUUGUUUUUGGUGUCAAUGAAGAUAAUUACAGACCACAUAUUGACAUCAUAUCAAUUGCUGAUUGCGCGACAAUUUGUCUUGCUCUGCUCGCCAAGAUCCUCCACACUAGAUUUGGCAUUAAACGUUGCCAGGCACUAGGUUUCAUCAUUCCUGAUUUAGUCAGCAAUUUCGAUGUGACGGUGCGCCUUGUUCCUCACGCAAAACUGUCUUGUGCGGAAAUGACCGUUGAACUUGACAGAUGUGAUGACUAUGUGAUGAUCAAGGAUUCUGUCAGGGAGGAGUGCGCAACCAAACUUGAAAAUGUACUAGCUAAUCUGCAGGGAGUAGUGGGGCUCAAGGUCACGGAUUACUUAGGAGAUCACAGGUCGUGCUUCUUUGAUGCCGAUGCUGGAGUCACACUGGGCGACAGUUCAUUCAAGCUCUUUGCAUGGUUCAACCACGAGCGCAGUUAUAGCCAGCGUUGCACCGACAUGAUCCUACAUAUGGCCAAAGUAGCCAGUGCUGAGGAGCUUCUAGAAUAGAAAAGGAAGACUUUACAAAGCUACUCCUGUGCUCGUUACUCUGCUACUCAGAGUAUACUUGAGUUACCUUGUAUCCUAGCUAGCUUGUCAAGCCAUGCCAUGGGUUACCUCCUGUAUGAAGAACACUUGCGAAGAUUGCCAGUGUUGAGUAUAGUCAGCCAUGAUGCCAUGGGUUGGCUUGUCUCUUUUUACGAAUACAGAUACAAAUGUUAGAAUCGUUAAGUACAAUCAAUCCUGGUAUCCUGCUCUGUCAGGACAUGCAGUUGCAAAAAA